AUGUCGUCUUCCGCGGCGCCCGUACCGAGUUCAACAACAAGCGCAGUGGACGCGUCCGGCUCGUCGCAGAACCUCGCCAAAGCUCCCCCGCCCACGGCCGAUUCCAAGCGCAAUUACAAGGGAUUUGUGGCUGGUGUGUUUUCGGGGAUUGCGAAGUUGAGUGGUGAGUUCGAUACGGUUAAAGUGCGGCUACAAACGAGCAAAGAUGGACAUUUCAGGGGGCCGUUGGAUUGCGUGAUGCAGACGGUUAGAAAGGAGGGUGUCUCUGGAUUAUACAAGGGGGCUACGCCGCCUUUAGUUGGAUGGAUGGUCAUGGACUCAGUGAUGCUCGGUUCUUUAACGUUAUACCGCCGCCUGCUUCUCGAGAAUGUUUUCUCGAGGCCGUCAAUACGUGCUAUAACCCCGUUUGCUAAAUACCAGCCGGACCCCCAUGCGCUGCCUAGUUUUGGACACGGGAUUGCGGGUAUUAUGGCUGGUACGACAGUUAGUUUUAUCGCUGCACCCGUUGAGCACGUCAAGGCUCGGCUUCAGAUUCAGUAUGCGGCGGAUAAGUCGAAGCGGCUGUAUAGCGGGCCGAUAGAUUGCAUUCGCAGACUUAUGGGUACCCAUGGGAUCACAGGCCUUUAUCGCGGCCUCUGCGCAACAAUUCUAUUCCGCUCGUUCUUCUUCUUCUGGUGGGGUUCCUACGAUGUCCUAACACGGAUGAUGAAGGAGCGCACAAGCCUCUCAGCACCAGCGAUCAACUUCUGGGCCGGUGGUAUCUCUGCCCAGAUAUUCUGGAUAACGUCGUAUCCCUCGGAUGUGGUGAAACAGCGCCUGAUGACGGAUCCAAUGGGCGGUGCACUCGGUGACGGGCAAAGGAGGUUCCGGUGGUGGAAGGACGCCGCGGUGGCGGUUUAUCGGGAGCGUGGGUGGAGAGGAUACUGGAGGGGCUUUGUGCCAUGCUUUUUGCGAGCAUUCCCGGCGAAUGCGAUGGCGUUGGUUGCAUUUGAGGGUGUGAUGCGCUGGUUACCAUAUAUGGCCGUUGCGCGCACCAUGCGGCGCACCAGUCCAAUUACGAUCAUACUCGCCUGCUUUUUGGCGUUCGGCUUCCUCUGCUUUUUGCUCUCCUCGCCAUCGCCGCCGGCCUCAUCCUCACCUCCGCCCACCGCCGACUCAAGGCUCGAAGACACAGCAGAACACCCUCUCUCUCCUCCAACAAAACCCUUUAUCCCACAACCAGUCUACAAAGAUGGCCGCCAGCCGCCUCCCCCGGUCGUCAAGUACAACCUCAAUAGCCUCACCACUAGCAGCGACGCAACUAGCAAGGGCGAGCGCGUGCUCAUUCUCACCCCCCUCGCCCGCUUCUACCAAGGAUACUGGGACAACGUCGAGAAACUUACAUACCCACACGAGCUCAUCUCGCUGGGGUUCAUAGUACCACACACAAAAGAAGGAAACGCCGCGGUGGCAGCGCUUGAAAAGGCCAUCAGCAAGACUCAAACGGGUGCAGUAUCCAACCGCUUCGCAAGUAUCUCUAUCCUCCGGCAAGACUUCGACCCGCCGCUCCAAUCGCAGGACGAAAAGGAGCGCCACAAGCUUGCGAACCAGAAAGCUCGCCGCGAGUCCAUGUCCCGCGCCCGUAACAGCCUCGUCUUCACCACCCUUGGUCCAAGCACCUCCUGGGUCCUCUGGUUGGACUCCGACAUCGUCGAAUCCCCACCAACCCUCAUACAAGACCUAACCUCUCACAAUCGCCCUGUUAUCGUGGCCAAUUGCUUCCAGCGGUACUACAACAACGAUAAUAAAAGGCAGGAGGUCCGCCCUUACGAUUUCAAUUCCUGGAUUGAUUCGCCGACGGCCCAGGCUCUCGGCGAUUCAAUGGACCCCGACGAUAUUCUGCUCGAGGGAUAUGCCGAGCUCCCUACAUACCGCAGCCUUAUGGCCCACAUGGCCGAUACAAAGAACCCGCGCCCAACCCGCGUUAUCGAUCUCGACGGUGUCGGUGGCACCGCCCUCAUGGUUAAGGCGGAUGUUCACCGCGAUGGCGCAAUGUUCCCGCCGUUCCCGUUCUUCCAUCUCGUCGAGACGGAGGGGUUCGCCCGUAUGGCGAAACGCCUAGGGUAUAGCGUGUAUGGGCUGCCAGAUUAUUUUGUAUACCAUUAUAACGAGUGAUGCUUUCUCUCUAUAUUUAUUUAUUUCCGCUUCUCGGAUUUAAAAUAAUGCUUGUGCUUGCUUGUAUUUUACUAUGUACCAAGGUUAAUGUGGCUACCUACUUAUAGAAUGGAACGGAUUGGAUCAGGUAUGGUUGCAUAUGGUCGGUGGCAUGCAUGCAUCCCGCGCGCCGUGCGCAGGCUGGGAUUUUUUGAACCCUUUUUUCCUUUUCUAUACUAGGGUUUUCCAUAUUGGUUCUUUUUACCAAUAUGCUUGGUUGUUGUUAGGUACGGUUUGGUUGCACUAGGCGUUUGCAAAGUGAAAUAGUAUAAUUCAUAUAUUUUAUAAUCUAGCGGUGUUACCUGGUGGUACAGUUGCU